GCGUUCAGUUCAGAUUGAGAUUGAUUCGUGAUCGUUAUGAGAUCCUGUUGCUCAGUGCUCUGUCUGCUCCUCGUCACCGUCGCCGUGCUGCAUCCCAGCGAAGCGCGCGGCGGACGUGGUCGAGGCGGCGGCUCAUUCGGGGGUCUCUUUGGGGGCUGGCGAAAGUACAAGAAGCCCUCGUCGUCGGGUGGUGGUCGCCGUGUGGUGAGCGGAUCGCCAGUGCACACGGCUAUGACGGUGCCAAAGCCUCCUCCACCGCCACCGGCCCCACCGAAGGCCAUGAUGCCGCCGAAGCAGCAGAUACCCAGCUAUCCCCGCCAGCAGAUGCCAGCGGGUUAUAACUACCCCACACAUCCGGGCCAGGGAACAUACUACUCCAAUGCACAGUCCUUGCCGGCGGGAGCCGUGUACUAUGCCCAACCACCCAUGUCCAUGAGCCGAGGAUCGGGAACUGGCGACUUCCUUACCGGAAUGCUGGCCGGACACAUGAUGAACAACAUGCUCUUUGGACACCGUCAUCAUGUCUAUCACAGAAAUCGCGAAGGAGAGGAUCAAACAGCGCAAACAGCGCAGGGCAAUGGUCGCCAGAUCAUAAUCAUCAACAAUGGUCAGCCGGAGGGAGCUGCUCUCAAUGAGACCACCAUUUCAGAGGAAGCUGGUGCUGCUGUGGCUCCAGAGAACCCCCUCACCGAGGAGGAAGAGAGCUCCAGUGCCGCCUCCAGCGAGGAGUCUGCAGAUGUCGAGGGCCCUGCUCUGCCCCCACCAGGAACCAUCGUUUGCUUCCCCAUUACGCUCAACGAAACCGAUCCCGAGCAGCCCGACCUGAUGCGAGAAGUGGAGCGAGUGGUCUGCUUUCCAGCCCCUUCUAAUCCAGAGGCGGGAGACCUCCUGGACGGCCCCGAACAGGGCAGUACCACAACCACCGAUCCGCCUGUUGUUGCGGGGGAAAUUGGAGCUGAUGCUGGUGGCGCCUCUGAGGGAAAUACUGAGGGAAACGAGGCGAGUGAGCCUGUGGAGGUGGCCAGCUAUGUGGCUGGCAGAGCUGCCAGUGUCAAUGUAGACGCUUUAAUGUAGUGUCCUUAAGUUGUUGUUUAAGUUUUAUUUGGAAUAAAUAUUAUUUAGUUGUAAA